AUGUCUUUGACGAACAGACGGGAGGAUGACGCGGGGGCAGCUUUAGUGCAGGUUCAGGUUGAUUUGCGUCGACUGAAAUGGGACCUGCACAAACUCAACAGCACCGAGUCUGGAAAAACAUUAAACCUCAAAGAACUGGAGACAGCGAUUCACAACACAGAGAGUGAAAUUAAGGUAAAUACACAAAGGCAGGAGCUGGACUGUCACGUCUCAGAUGAAGUUCUGGCCGCAGAAGCAGAAAGCAGCAGAUUGCCGCACAUCAGCAUUCUUGUAAAGAAAGUGGAGCCUGAUUGCUGCGCUAUGGGCUGCUGGUUUACAUCUGUCUCUGGACAGAAGCACUACCUGCUCCCGCAUGCCAAUAAGACAGCCGGAGCUCCGCACUGGCACCGUGCCCGCCGCUCAGGCCAGCGCCGCUCUCUCGUGGAGACAGAAAACUCUGACACUUUGUUCUGUUUUCAGUCCAGACUCAGUGUCCUGCCAGAGACCAGAGGGGUAAAAACCGUUGAGUUGAGGUUCCCCAGGACAGAAGAACACGACCCUGAGCCGCUCCCUGAAGAGACGUCUCCACCUGCAGCCAAGACGCCUCCACCCUCCAUCACCUCCAGGACCACAGAGCCCACGGACAGAGACGAGCCCUCGCAGAGUUUGACAGAGGAACCUCCUGGAAACAUCAGCCAAGUCACUUUUACCAUUAGACUGGGUCACAUCAAACCGUCAGAUCAGGAGUUCAGUGAGUUCCUUGGGAGCGUGGGCCUGAGCUGGAGCCACGUGGAGCCUGCCCUGACGCGCCUGUGCCAGCUGCUGCGGGCGUACGCUGUGCCCGCCGCCGUGGUGAAGGGGCAGGCGCUGCUGGAGCUGGCUCAGACCUGGGACGGGGAGCGGUCAGGAGCUCCUCCGGUCAGACGCCUCCUCUCUGCUCUACACAAUCAGGACGACGUCGUGGAAGUUCUGUCACGUCCAGGUCAGCGCUUCAGGGGAGAGGGGGUCGAGGCGGCUGCUGUUCACAUCCAGACCUGCUGGAGGCGCCACAUCGCCCGCGCCCACUACCUGCUCUACUCCAGACGCAAGUGGGCCUGGAUCAGGCACAACCAGAGACGACGAGUGAGGAACGCCCUGCAAGCACGAAGGUUCAGCCAGCUGCAGAACCACAGACGCAGAGCUCAGCAUCUGGCGGCUCAGUGGAACCUCACGAGGACGUCCAGGAGAACCGUCAUCCACCUGCCGUCGUUAGGAUUCUCCCAGAAUCGGAGACGCAGCCUGAGGGACGUCGACGAGCUCCAGAACCUGCAGAUGGGACGACUGUGUGAAACCAGACAUGAAAAUGUGGAGUUGAUCUACGUGCGUCCGCUGCGUCUGGAUGAAGAUGUGCUGCAGUUUUACUCCAGUCUGUUAAAGUGUGACAGAGCCCCAGAGACGAGCACCUCCAAGACCCCCGACACUUCCCUCUCCACCAGACGCUUCAUCAUCCUCACUCCGGAGGCUGUUGACUACUUUCCAGUUGACAUGUGUCUGUCGUCUCUGCUCAAGUACAGCCCUCGGACGCUGCGCAGGAUCCGCCUCCUGGUGCAGGGGAAGCGGGCGUACCUGGUCCCCGGGGCGGCGCACGUGGACGACCUGGCCGUGGCGGACGAGCUGGGCGUCCCGCUGAUGGGCACGGAGCCUGGCGUCGCGCAGCUGUACGGGACCAAGUCUGGAGCCAGGAAGAUCUUUAGAGAGGCUGGAGUGGAAAUGCCCCCCGGAGCAGAAGACGUCUACUCACUGGAGCAGGUCCAGAAGCUCCACACAGUGGUGUGCUGUGUGUGUGGUGCCAGUGGCGUGGUUGGCGUGCAGUGUGGUGUAGUGCUGGUGGUGGCGGUGGUGUGUGGUGGUGUAGUUUGUGGCAGUGGCGGUGGCGCUGGUGUGGUGGCGGUGUGCGGUAACGGUGUGUGGCGGUGGCGGCGGUGGGGGUGGGCGCGUGGCGUGGUGGCGGUGGCGGCGGUGGCGUGGUGGUGUGGCGGUGGCGGUGGCGUGGUGUGGCGGUGGCGGCGGUGUGGCGGUGGCGGCGGUGUGGGCGGCGGUGUUGUGCGGUGUGGCGGUGGUGUGGCGGCGGUGUGGGGCGGUGGCGGUGGCGGUGUGGCGGUGGUGUGGGCGGUGGCGGUGGCGGCGGUGGGCGGUGUGGCGGUGUGGGCGGGCGUGGUGGUGUGGUGGUGUGCGGCGGUGUGGCGGUGUGGGGCGGUGGCGGUGGGCGGCGGUGUGGCGGCGUGUGUGCGGUGGCGGUGUGGGCGGUGGCGGCGGUGGUGUGGUGUGGCGGUGGCGGUGGGGCGGUGUGUGGCGGUGGCGGCGUGUGGGUGGCGGCGGUGUGGUGUGGCGUGUGUGGCGGUGGCGGUGGCGGUGUGUGGCGGCGGUGUGGUGGUGUGGUGUGGCGGCGGCGGCGUGUGGUGUGGCGGGCGGUGUGGUGGCGGGUGUGGCUGGUGGGCGCUGGCGGCGGUGGACGGUGUUGGGUGGUGGCGGCGGGCGGUGUGUGUGGCGGCGCGGUGUGUUAAUUACGGCGGCGAGUGGCUGAACCUGGGCCAAGCUCUCGAGGUCAAGAGGCGCAGACGGCCUCGCGCUGAAGUCAGCCACAAGCAAAACGCCGAGAAAAAGAACAGACUCAAAUGGAAGGCGUUCAGAAAACAAAGUCAGACUGACAAUGACAAACCUCCUCCUGAUGUUCUGCAGGAGCCGCUGAUGGUCCGUUUCCUGGAGGAGGUCCCUCAGUGGCUCUCGUCUCACGCUCGUCCUGUCGACUCCUCCCAUCACCUCACCUGGACCAGCUUCCUCCAGACCUUCCUCAGCCAAGGUGGUGUGGUGGAGGCCCUCCCUCCCUCUGACAGUGUGUCCUGUGUGACUGUGGACCUGCUGCUGGAGCCUGGGGGGAACAUCUCGACGCUCUCGUGCAGAGACCUGCUCCAGAGCCGCUGUGGUCUGCAGGUCCUCGCCUCCUGUGUCCCACAAACGUCUGUGAGCCCAGAAACCCUCCGGUCCCUGUGCUCCCGCCUGGGACGGACCUGUCUCCAGAAGGGCGUCGUCGGACACGUGUCCCUCAGACUGGCCAGCUUCAUCCACCGAACCUCCAACCAGAACAAGGUUUGGGCCCUUGACCUGCAGCUCUCGUACAGCGAUGACCUGGCCCUGACCCCCACGCUGCUCCACAGCACUCAGGGAGCGCUCGCCUCCGCCGCCACGCUCGCCUCCGCCGCCUCGCCGCCGCCACCGCUCGCCCCGCCGCCCGCCGCCGCCACCGCCGCCACCGCUCGCCUCCGCCGCCAGCGCUCGCCUCCACCAGCGCUCGCCUCCGCCGCCAGCGCCCUGCACGUGCCAGUGCCACGCGCACAAACAUCGCCUCACAAAUUUUCGAUGGAGAAGCGUUUCGCCGUCCUGAGCAGCCAACUGUUCCACGCCAACCUGUCCACGCUCUACCGCAGCACCUUCUUUCAGAUGUGUAAAGUCCGGGGCCUCGGCUUCAACAAGGAGAAGAAACAAGGCACACUGUUUGCUCUUUACGACAGCUCAGACCGACGCCGCAUCGGAAUGAUAGCGGCGCGCGACAGUCCCGAGGGAGCGCUCCUGACCUUUGCUCACAGCCUGUCAGUCAUCCAUCAGGAGACGUCUUCCUCCAGAACACAGGGACAAAGCAAUUUGAAGGAGCUGAUGAAGAGCAUUGAAGAGUUUGUGCAGAAGAAGCAGCAGCAGCAGCAGCAGCAGUGUGGUCACUAA